UCAAACAAAUGAAUUAUGGAACAUUACACAAAUUAUUUUACAUAUGCAUCUAGAUAACUUACAAUUAAAGGUAUAUGUUAUAGAAGAAUUUAUAUCUAAUUUGAUAGCGAAAAGAAAUAAUUAUCCCGUUCUGUACGUCACACGAAAUUUAAUUACUGGCAUAACAGAAUUCAAUUAUGUCACUUCUGAUUUUAUUAACAAGGAUACAAAACAUCUUCCAGCAUUCGUGACAUAUACGAUAAGAUCACUGAUAAAUUUUGAAACAAUUUUUCCCAGUAAAUCUUUUUGGCUAUCACCGCAAAAACCGGAAAAAUUAUUGGAAAUACAUGAUGAACAUGAUUGGAUUGUAGUCAAUAUACAACAGACAGGAUAUUAUCGUGUUAAUUAUGAUACUGAAAAUUGGCGUAAACUUGCGCAACACAUGAAUUCUACGAAUUAUAUCGACAUACAUGUUCUCAAUCGGGCCCAAAUCAUAGAUGAUGCUUUUCACUUCUUCAUACAUAAACAACUUGAUUAUGUUACGUUUUGGAACAUUUCUGCAUUUUUGUCACGAGAAACGAAUUAUGUGGUAUGGUAUCCUAUGUUUAAAGCUUUUGAACAAAUGGCUGUUAUGAUUUCAAUUAAAGGUGCUAACAACGUAAUGGAAAAGAUGGAAAGUAUAUUGAGUGGAGUUCUGAAUCAAAUAAAAUACAAGCCACAACCAUACGAAAGCGAUCUCACUGAAUGUUUAAGAGAGGAAGCCGUAAAAUGGGCAUGUAUUAUUGCUAACAAAGAAUGCAGAGAAGUAGCCCAUAUGCAAAUGACAAGAGAUCUAUAUUCUGAAAGUGACAUUUUUGUAACGCAAUCGGAAUGGAAAGGAUGGAUGUAUUGUAAUGGUUUGGUGUCAGCAAACAGCACCAUUUGGUAUGACGUAUGGGACAAAUGGGCAGCGACAGAUGAUAUAAAAUUUUUAGAAUAUUUAACUUGCAGUGAAGAUCCUGGAGUCAUUUCUAAUUAUUUGCUGUUGAAUUCGAUUAAUAGUUUUUUAUUACAACACGACAAUACACGUGCUCACAUAUUUUUUCUUAUCGUUGCGAAGCAUGCAAACAAUGAUAUGGUUUGCGAUUUUAUAUUGCAAAAUCUCAACAAUAAUACACUUAUGUUCACCUCCAACACGCAACGUGACAAAAUUGCAAUAUUUAUUGUUAUGAUUACGCACCAACAUGCUGUAAAGCAAAUAAAUAAGGUACUUGAAUUCGUAAAAACUAACUUGAAAGAAAAGCGACUAGUUGAUGCUGUUGAAAAAAAAGGUAAAAAACGAAGAGACGAGUAUGGAAGACAAGUUAGAAAUUAUGGGAUCGUCGGUCUACGUGGGUUUAAAUAAUAUUUAUUUAAUUUAAAUAUUCCUUCUUAGACUGCAAAUUUUUGUUAAAGAAGAUAUGUGUCUUCUUUGAUUUACAAUAAAAAAAAAUAUAGAAAAUUAUUGCACAUUUAUUUGACAACUUUAAAUGCCUUAUAGUCCACAUUGAAGAAAGAAUCAGCUCGGAUGACAACAUGUGUUUGGGAAAGUGCAGUGUAACUUGCAAGGAAAUAAUUUUCGUUAAGAAUAAAAUAAUAUAUUUUGUAUAUUUCUAUGCCAAAAAAUUUUAAAU